CAUUCUUGCUUUAACAUUUUCAAAUAUUUUUUAAUUGUUCAGAAAAAUUAAAUUUCCAAAGAAAAAUGGAAAGUAUUGCAGCUUUCAAAUUCUGCUGCGUCUUAUUAACAUUGCUGGUUUUAAGCUCUGCAUGUGAAGCUACACUCAGCUCUAAUAAAUUUUACGACAAAACAUGUCCGAAGGCACUUUCUACUAUCAAAACCUCCAUUAAUUCUGCUAUUGCACGAGAGCGAAGAAUGGCGGCUUCUCUUAUUCGCCUGCAUUUUCACGAUUGCUUCGUUCGGGGUUGUGAUGCAUCGAUUUUACUGGAUGAGACCGCAUUUAUUCAGAGCGAAAAGUUUGCCCUGCCGAAUCUGAAUUCUGCGAGGGGAUAUGAAGUUAUUGAGAAUGCUAAAUCUGAAGUUGAGAAAAUAUGCCCUGGAGUUGUUUCGUGUGCUGAUAUUCUUGCUGUUGCAGCUCGAGAUGCGUCUGUUUAUGUAGGAGGUCCAUCAUGGGGUGUGAGGCUUGGAAGAAAGGAUUCGAGAAUUGCGAGUAGACCUGCAGCCAAUCGAGAGCUUCCGAGCUUUAACGAUGGUGUCGACAGGCUUAUUGCUCGAUUUAAGACUAAAGGACUCAACGCUAGAGACAUGGUUGCUUUGUCAGGUUCUCAUACUCUAGGACAAGCUCAGUGCUUUACAUUUCGCGAGAGGAUAUACAACAAUGUCACCAUUGACGCUGGAUUCGCUAGCACUCGUCGUCGAAGUUGCCCUAGGUCUGGCGGAGAUGCAAAUUUAGCGGCACUUGAUUUAGUGACACCUAAUUCUUUUGACAACAAUUACUUUAAGAAUUUGAUACAAAAGAAAGGUCUUCUUCGUUCAGAUCAAGCUCUUUUUAGCGGCGGUGCCACUGAUAAUAUUGUGUUAGAAUAUAGCAGAGAUCGUGCAAAAUUUAAUGCAGAUUUUGCUACGGCUAUGAUCAAAAUGGGAAAUCUUGUCAAUCCUUCUCCUGGUCAAAUUCGAAGAAUUUGCAGUGCCGUCAACAAGUGAAGAUAUAAUCACCUUUGUUUUUAAAGUAUUUUCAGAGAAUUGUGAUCUUCGGCUAAUUGUGGAUAAUUGUGCUUUUAAAUUAUUUAUAAAUUUGUUGUCCUUUUUAUUUCAAUUCAUCAAGUGUAAAAUAGUAUAUGUUAUUCUUGUAUUCUCAUUUUCAAUUCUUCCAUCAGUUGAAUAAAAAUGUGUGUUGGCUUGAUUAA